AUUCUGCUGGCACUCCGGGCCGCUUCGUUCGCUCCUUGCUGCUGACUUUUUUCGUUCGGCCUCGUCGGUUUUGGCCAGAUGCCUUGUAGUAGGUCCUGCCAUCCUCGACGGCUGGCUAGUUAACCGCGGCGAUUCAGUCAAGCUCCAGCCUCCGUUCACAGAGGAGCCGAUGCUGCUGCGUUCUCCCCCAGAUUCCAGAGUCGAGCACCGCGUUCGCAUCGCAUCGCAUCGCGUCCGUGUGCGUGAGCGUGUGUGAGUGUGUCAGUGGGUGAACACAGUGCGUAUGAGAUACUUUUCGGUGGCCGAGUCCUCCUAAGCGAACCGGUGGAACUUUAAUUGUUCAGCUGCCAGCAGUUCAGCAGGGCCAAGUAAACAAAGUGAAAACGAUUUAAAAAAAAACUCGGUCAAAGGAUUUAAAUUCCAAAAACGAAUUGAAAUUAAUUAAUCAGAGCUACGCAGCAUAUGCUAAGGCCAAAAAUAAAUCAGAAGGCAGUCGCUAAAAAAAGCCUCAACAUCAACCGGAAAUCAACGAAAUUGUCGUCACUCCAAUCAAGUGGAAAUUUGAUUAAAAAAAACGUGAGGAGGAGCGAAAACCCCAAAGCGAAAAGAAUAGAAAGGACGGGAAACGAAAAUUUGAUAAAUUUCAAAAAGGACAAAGGCAAUGGACGAGUUUGAAAAGGAAGCGUCGGGCAAAUAGAGAGGGACGACAGUGCGAGUGUAUGAAAAGGUAGUACCAGAGGAAAUCAACACGCACUCACAUGAGCGAGUUUGUUGCACGGGAACACCAAAAAACAUUAAAAAUCAGCGGAGCGUAAAACUUACACAAUCCUUGCAACAAAAAAAAUAUCCACGUGGACGAAAAAGGAACAGAAAUUCGAAGCAAAUGCGAGCUAUAAUAAAAAUAAAAACAAGGCGAGUGGAGUAGCCAAGUGAGAGAAAAAUUUUUAGUGGAAAUAAUUAAAAGAUUCGCUCGGAAAAAUUCGAAAUAAUAAAGCUAAGCUCCAACCAACGCCACUACAAUGCGAAGCAGGACGAAGCAGCUGACGGCCAGGACACAUAAACGUCUUUUUCUUGCCUAAUACGCUCUCCUUUGGGGUAGAGCACGAAAUUAAGUGCAGAUUAUCAGAAGAUUAUAUUUUAAUAGCAUUUCAAGCUGUUUCCUUUCGCCAACAAAGAGCAGACAGGACAGCUAGGACCUCGCCGCCCCAAAAAAAAGAAAGGGAACUGAGCAGCCAAGACUGACCCGAGUGUGUGUGUUCUACAAGUGCGGCUUAUUGCAUGAUUACCGUCAGGAUUUUUUGGACGAGGCAGCCCGAAACAUACAAGCGUGCCACAAAUUGAAAUUAAAGAAGGAAUUACGUGUCGCGAGUGCGCUCCAGUGCGGGCUAAAUAAAUACUUGUGCUAGUGUUCGUGAGUGGUUGCAAAGAUACCCAGCGAAUAUCGAGUAUACGCCGUGGGGUCCGGGCGUGCGAAAAGCGGAAAGACAUCAACAGGAUUAACCCGGCUGGCUGGCAGAGGCGAAGAGGAACCUCCGAGAAGCGGGCAAGUGGAGCGUGAGGCCAAACUAAACAGGAGACUCCACCUGAAAUUCCCAGAAGUCGGCUGGAAGUUAUUCCGCAAAUUCAAGCAUUCAAGCGAACCACUGAGUCCAAGAUAUUAUAGACAAACUAAGCCCGGUCUAUUAACAGGGCAAACAAAGGAAUCACCCGGAAAAAUAAAAGGCUAAGAGCCCCCCGAAAAGCGGGCCGGAGAAUGCGGGCCGGGAAGUAGGAAGGAGCAGGAGCAGCACACUUCGGAGGAGCAAAGCCGGCAAUGAGAGGGCCGGGAAUCGAAACUGUUAGCUGGCAAAUCGGAUUGCGAAUUUGCUGUAUUGACACAAGGAAAUCGUUAGCCGGCUUAGCCAGCAAGAGGCCAAAUUUAAAAUUAAAAAUAUAGCCAGCGACCCGUCCCAGAGCCCAGCACCAGAGUCGGAAUCGGAAUCAAAGUGAUAUGCUAAUGCGGGAGCGGGCGCGGGAGAAGAGCGUCGCGAGUGCCGAGAGUGUGGCAUGAAUAUUUCAUGAGCAGUGAUGACAAGCCGGCUCCGGGAAUAAGGCCAAACGCAGAAGAAGCACUCGCACCAUGACGGAGCUAAGACGGACUAAUGGCCUGCACAAGCAGCACUCUCUCCGGGAUCGGCAGGGGCACCCUCUGCUCCACGCCCUCGCUGACCACGGCUGCAACCUGAGCAGCGGCGGCAACAGCGCCGCCAGCACCACCAGCAGCAGCACCGCCACAGCCACCACGGCCCUGGGCGGUGGCGGUAAUCCUGGCGGAUCAGCAGGCGGUAACGGUAACGGAAACGGUAACGGCAUCAUGGCCCAAAGGAGCAUCGAGUUCGACGAGCACGACAUAUUCUACGUUUCCCCCUCUAAGCGAAAAGGAGUAGCGCCAGGUGUCUCCGGGAAUGUGGUCACCUUCUCUAACUACGUGAGCGAGCAGCGCCUGACCCCCUCCUCCUCGAACCGCGGAUCCCUCAAGCGCAGCAAGGGCCGCUCCAACCAGUCGCUGUGCAGCUGCGACGCCGGCGACGAGGCCCAGCUGGAGCUACAGCCGAACGCGACGCGGCCCCUCUACGAGUACAGUCUGGAACGCAGGCGUAAGACGCACACCUACUCCUGCGAGCAGAAUGCCCAGAUCCUCAUGAGACUGGAGCGGGAGCGCAAUCGUAAAUUAUCGCUGACUGGCGUGGAGAGCGGCGGCCUGGGACUGGGUUCUGCCGCUGCCGGAGGAGCAGCAGUAGCUGGGGGCGACCCCCAGAGCGACACGCCCAGCCUGUCGGAUGUGGAUGUCAUUCCGCCGGUGCCCCCGCCGCCGGCGAUGAAGCGCAACGGCAGCAUGCGCAGCCUGCGACUGCUGCAACAUCUGCACCAGCACAGCAGCGGCAGCAGCAGCAGCAACAACAACAACCUGUCGCAGCUGUGCAGCAGCGAUCUGCUGCAGGAAUGCACCAAGUCCGCGCUCGACGACUGCACCGCCACGCUGCUCAAGUGCACCACCACCAGCAACCACAGCAGCAGCAGCAACAGCAACAUGGGCCCCGCUUGCAAUGGCAAUGGGAACGCCAUCGGGAGCAACAACAACAACCACAUCCAGGCCAAGCCAGACCUGUGCCAGCCCCCCGGUCAUGCCCACAAUCACAGGCACAAGCUGCUGCCCGGCAGCGCCACGCCCACUCACCACUCGCACCCACCCCCGCCGCCGUUCGCCGCCCACGAAGAUGAGAUUUUCUCGCCGCACUCAAAGAAGUCGGAUCCGAGUCUGUGUUUUGUGGGCGGCGUAGGCGCAGGACCCGGCUUGGGCGGGGCGGGAGGCGCCGGUGGAGGCUCUGGGGGCAAUGUAUCUUCGAAGUACAACACAAUCGGGCCGAGUAGCGAUUACGCGAGGCAUUUGGCGCACUACAGCCGCUACCUGCAGAAGCAGCACCACCAGCAGCAAAUGGCGCACUUCCAGCAGCAGAGAUGUCGCUGCUUCUCCCAGUCCUUGCUGAACUUUCCGCAGCAGCAACAACCGCCAUCGCAGCCACAGGCCGCACCCCAACACCAGCAGCAGCAGCAGCCACUGGGGCAGCCGGCGGCAAUCUUUCACACCAGCAGCAUGGACUGGACUCUGCCAAUUAAUAGUCGCAGCUUUGGCAAUUUGGUGAACAUCGACGGUGGUUGUCGGGUGCCGUACCAGAAAAUGCCACACCACCAGACCGCAUCCGGAAAUCCAGUUUCAGGUGGUGCAGGCUCCAACGGCGGUCUGGGCCUGGCGGCCUCGUCCACGUUUACACUUACCUCCUUCGACAGCGACAUUGUGCACGGGCUGAAAGAACGCGAAUCGCAGACCUCGUUGCACCAUCCCCACUCGCAUCCACAUCCGCACUCGCACUCCCAUCCGCACACGCAUCCGCACCACUAUCAUGGCGGCGGGGGCGACGGCUCUGGGUCCGUGACACCGCAGAAGCAUCACCAGCUCCACUCGAGCGUCACGAGCAUCAUGCCCUGGAAGCACCGCCAGUGCCCCAGCAGGGGAUCCUCCAGCUCCGGCACGAAUUCGUUCCGCUUCGAUGCAGCCAAGCACUGGCUGGCUGUGAGCUCCAUCCUCCUGAUAAUUGGCGCUGCCAGUGUGGCCGUGCCACUGGCGCUACGUGUGGCGGCAAGUGCACCUUUCGAAGAGCGUCUGCGGGUUGCCGUGCAGCUGCUGGAUCAAGUGCCUUUAAUCGACGGGCAUAACGACUUACCCUGGAAUAUACGGAAGUUCCUGCACAACAAACUCAACGACUUCAAUUUUGAUGAGGAUUUGCGCAAUGUAAUGCCGUGGGGCCGCAGCCACUGGAGUCACACGGACCUCACGCGACUGAAGAAGGGACGCAUAUCAGCACAGUUCUGGGCCGCCUAUGUCCCCUGUGAGGCACAGCACCGCGAUGCCGUGCAGCUGACUCUGGAGCAGAUUGAUGUGAUCAAGCGACUGACGGAUCGCUACUCCCCGCAGCUCACCACCUGCACCUCCGCCCAGGACAUUAUUGAGGCACACAAGAACCAGCAACUGUGCUCCCUCACCGGAGUCGAGGGCGGACACUCGCUGGGCGGCUCCUUGGCGGUGCUGCGCACCCUCUACGCCAUCGGCGUGCGGUACAUGACACUGACCUCCACCUGCCACACCCCGUGGGCGGACUCGAGCUACGCGGACGCUCCGACCUUCAACAUGAAGCACGGCGGCCUCACCAUAUUCGGCAAGACAAUCAUCCGCGAAAUGAACCGACUGGGCAUGAUGGUCGACCUGUCGCACGUCUCCAAGGGAACCAUGCGCGACGCCCUCGAGGUGAGCGAGGCACCUGUGAUAUUCUCACACUCCUCGGCCUACGAGCUCUGCAACACGAGCCGCAACGUCCAGGACGACAUCCUGCAGGCCCUGGCCAAGAACGGCGGCCUGGUGAUGGUCAACUUCUACUCGAAGUUCCUGUCCUGCAGCGACAACUCCACCGUGCACGAUGCAGUCGCGCAUAUUAAUCACAUUAAGCGAGUCGCCGGCAUCGAUCACGUUGGACUGGGCGCCGGCUACGAUGGCAUUAAUUACACCCCCAAAGGACUGGAGGAUGUGUCCUCGUAUCCAACACUGUUUGCUGAGCUCCUCGGAGGCGGUUGGACCAUUGAUGAGUUGACAAAAUUGGCGGGAGGAAAUUUCCUGCGCGUUAUGCAGCAGGUGGAAAAACUGAGGGAUGACAAAAAGGCAUCCGGAGUGAAACCCUACGAGGACCAUCCCAAUUUCCGCACCGACGACCCGUACAAUUGCACCUCCAGCUAAUUGAAUCCUGGAUCCAAACACAUUGAGGUUGUACCGGAGCUGCCGAAGGAGUCCUUACCCCCUUCUCGAAAGCCGAGGGAACUCCUGCUUCGCCUGGAGGCAGAAUGAAUACAUAGCCAAUUUAUUCAAUUUAAUUUGACUAGAUUGCUACUAGACAUGUACGAUUGUAUAAGCUUUAACAACACAGAAUUGUAUAAUAUUUACACAUCCCAUUCCUCAUUAUUUGGCCGCCAAAAAGGCACCCCCUCUCCUGGUACUAUAAACGAAUUUCUUUUCAUUUUGGUGACAAUCUACUAACUGCCAAACAAGAAAACUUAAGUAUACACAGCACACGAAACCCAGAAAACACUACAGGAUCCGAUUUACUUUCUAUCCCGAAAUAGAGAAUGGAAGACAGUAACAAGGAUGAUUUUCAGCCAGGUGAACUGAACUCCAACUGGACCAAACUACUCAUUUCGCCCCUCGGAAGUUUCAUUUAUUCCAAUAAUUUACACGAAAACUACAUAUCAAGUAAUUGUAUGAAAAACCAAAAAUAUACUUUGCAUUCGGAUUCAAUGCAAACAUUGCGAGUGGGAAAGCUUACACUUAAAAGUAAUCGAAUAAAUAUUAUAGUAAAUAUAAUAAAUAAGAAAGUCGAGGGGAUAGGGCAUCUCCCCCUACAGAAUAAGAUAUUUAGUUAAACUUGAAAGCAGUUUAGGAGAUGACGAGCACUGAAAAGGUGCCUAGGGGAUAGCGUAAAAAUUACUAAAUUAGAACGUAAGCCAAGUGUGGGCGUGGCUCUGCCUGCCACACAGCAAAUUGUAAAUAGAUUGCGAUUAUAAAAUAAGGCUAUAAACGUAAAGCUAAGCAUAUAGGAUUCACGAAUUUUUCAUUAUCUUCCCCGACUCCCCCACAAAAUAGGACACAGACUCUGUCAGCCUCUCUGUACCUUCAAUAUAGAAAAGAAAACUCUCGAUCGAAAAUCUAGUCAAAUGUGUCUAGCCUAAGUAAACAAAUUAUACAUCGUAAACCAAUUAUAUAAGCCGAAAAUAUUUGAAUACAAGCUCAAUAAUUGUACAUUUUUUAAACCCAAACUGAAUAUGCAACGCAAAUCUAUAAAUAUAUAUACUGUUACGUUUUUGUACGAUUUUGUAUGUGUACAUAGCGUUUUUACCUAUGCUCUUAUAUAGUUUUCUAGCAAACAAUUCAAUCGUAAUAUUGUACUGGAUCUGGCGAGCGGAAGUUGUUGGUAAUCACACCUAGUCAUUAGUCAUUAGUCUGGCCUGGAAGGUCGAAAUAAAUAUAUCUGUAAAGUUUAUAAACAUACUACAUAUGCCUAGAUAUAGCCAAUACUCUGGAGUAACCUACACAGACAUGCAUAUACACCUACAGAAGCUCUUCGAAACCUAAUAAUAAAAUAUUGUAUUAUUUCAUUUUUUGAUUUCGUCAACUUUUUGAAAAAAAGAAAAACGCAAAACAUAAACUCAUGUAAAACAAAAUUGUAGUUAAAACCUUAAAAAUGACAGUGUUUAGCAAAUAAAUCUCAUAUGGAAAAUGAAAUGCAGUAAAUAUAAAAACAAUUA